GAAGACGCGUGUCUGGGCUUGAGAGAGUGUUCAGCUGUGUGCAUCCGGUGUGCGUGUCUGCCGUGCCCCUGUACUGUGCCUGAUUAACUGUUCUGUGCCCUUGAAAGUUGCUGUACUGUGUGAGGAACCUGUCAUUAAACUAGAACUUAGUGUUGAACGUGUAUCCUUUGUGCCCUGCCUCGUUCCCUCCUCCCCUCGGUGUUCGAUGUGGGCCGCUGUGAGUGACUGGUGCCCGUGUGGCUGUUCUGGGGAUCACGCCUGCCUGCCCGUGGAUGCGGCCCCUGGCAGCAGCACCUCAACGUAAACACUAAACAACGCCGCCAGGCCCAGCACCAGCAGGCCCAGGCAAAGUCUGGGCAGCUCGACAGAAUAUCUGAUGACACAACAACAAACUAAAACGUCAGCUAGCAUUUAACACUGACGGGGCUCUGGAGGCCGUGGUCCCACGCCUGACUAGCCCCCAAAACACUCCAGAAGAAGUCCCAGGCAGGCGCCGCAGCGGGGUGACGGAUCCGAGCCUGGCUCUGGUGCUGCGAAUUCAUUACCAGUUGGCAUCCAUUGAACACCCAGGUUUCAAGAGACUUCACUCCUGACAGAAAUGGGCCUUGAAGGCGAAGUACGGCUGUAGGAAGGCAUCCACCUGUUCCCGGCGUCGCGAGACCAACAAGUGUUCGGCCAUGGAGGAGUCGGUGGUGGUGGCCGAGAAUAAGGUCAGCGAGCUCCUCACCGAUAUCCUGAAGGUGGAUGCUCUCCAGGAGGCUUUGGUCAACCUGCUGGUGGUGCCUAAGACGGAGAAGGAGGCCGCCCGCUUGAGCACUGUCUGUGCUGACCUGCAGCGGGUCAUCACCGAGGCAUGCACUGAGGCUGUGAAUGCUGCAAAUGCAGCACAGGAUGGGCAAAAGGGGCCAGAGGCAGCAAAGCCUGCAGGCAGUGACCUUUCAUUGCGGAUACAAGAAGGAGGAGUCAGCACCAUUGUCUCCAUCUUGGCACGGCAGAAUAAUCCUUAUCGGGCACAGUUUGUUGCAUCUGCUCUCACACACCUUUCAACUACCAACACAGUUUCCCCAAAAGUGAUAUGCAUUGGUCUCCUCACCAAUGAGAACCUUGUUCCAGACCAUGAUAUAUUUUGGGUGACUACAUUUGGCAUCAUUAAGAAAAUAAUUACAGGAGUGGACUACAAAGGUGUGCGUGAAAUUAUGAAGAUGUGCCUGGACCGUGCCCGUCUGCUGCCCUCUAACUUGCGUCGUUCCCAGCUGCAGUUAGUGGAUGCAUUGUGUGACGUAAUGAUUUUGAUAUUUGACCGAAAUGCAUCGCUUCUUCCAGGAUACUUCAUUGUCAAUGAACUCCUGAAACUCUACCCAGAUUACAAACAGUGGCCACACUGGAAACUGGCAUCACUUCUCACAGACUUUGUAGACAAGUUUCGCAGAGCUGCCCAAAUGUUGUCAAUAGUUGGUCGCCCAAAACUAAGGCCAAUUGUUGAACACACAGGUCACAACAGUCCCUCAAUCAAUUCCUGGAAAUUGGAUUCCUUGACCUUGAAGUUCCAGCUGAAAGGAGCACUUCCCUACAGUCCAGAGCUCCUGGAGCCUCAGCCUGGUCUCCUGCGCUACAUCCUGCGGCAGCCCUACUCCAGGGAAAUGGUCUGCACUGUGAUAGACAUCCAGAAGAAGCAAAAGCAACGAUGCAUUGCCUUGGAGGAACAGCUGGUGGAACUGAUGGUGUCUGCCCUUGAAGACUGCAGUCACAUUGAGUCUCCCAACAGCAACCCUGCCAGUAACACCACCAAUGGCUCCCUGCCUACCCCUCUUGACCACAGUCCAUGCUCCUGUGCCCACCUAUCUUCUCUCCUCAUUUACUUUGUCCUCUUCCAACUUAUUUCAUUUCCAUCUCUUGUCCUCAGACUACAUGAAAAGUUGAAAGGUAAAAGUACUCACCAAGGACGAGAUCAUCUGAUGUGGGUGUUGCUCCAGUUCCUCUCUGGUAGUAUACAGAAGAAUCAGUUCUCCGAUUUUCUUCCUGUUCUGAGACUAAUCGAGGUUUUGUAUCCAGAGCAAGAUCCUCUUACUGUACCAGACUACACUGACCCCCAGUGUGCCAUGCAGAUGUCUGCCAUGUGUAUCCUGAUGCACAUUCUAAAGAAGGCCCAGGCUGACAACAUCAAAACACCACGCUCCCUUCCUACAGUUUUUAAGAAUCAUCAUGAAUUUCUACAGAAUUUGGCACAUAACCCUCAGCUUCCACUUAUCACUGCUGGUGCCCCUCCUGACUACAGAAUUGCUCUCCUAGUCAAUGCAUAUUCUACAAACCAGGAGUAUUUUCAGAGGCCAAUAUUAACCCUAUCAGAAAGUAUCCAGGGUAGCCAGAAGUCAACUGUACAAAUGCCCGGCAUCAACUGUGUGGCUCAUGGCAGCACUGCACCACUCUCCAUAACACUGCUGGAUGCUCUCACUGUCCAUGUGAAGAUGAGUCUGGUGCACAACAUAGCACAGCACAUACAAAAACAAGCCCAGCACAAAUCGGCCAUAGCUCUGGCACCUGCACUCAUUGAAACUUAUGCCAGGCUCUUGGUUUAUACAGAAAUUGAGAGUAUUGGCAUUAAAACCUUCAUCAACAACUUACUGCCAGUGGUGUACAAGAGCCAUGUGUGGAGCAUCCUUCAUGCCUUGUUGGAGAUGUUCAUCCAUCGCAUCCACCACUCCCCUCCUCAGUACCGUAUUCAGUUGCUGUCCACCAUCCACCACAUGACAGCUGUUCCCCUUAACACCAUGACCCAGAUGACACAGUUGCAUCUCUGCAUGGAGAGUGUUGCACUUCGCUUGAUCACAGGUUUGGGAAAUUCUGAAGUCAUGCCCAGCCUUACUCGGUACACAUUUUGCUCUGACACAAAACCCAACCUCAUCAGUACUGACUCAGAAGAACUUAAUAGAGUGUUGGUUUUGACAAUGGCCCGGGCCAUACAUGUCACAGGCUGUGACAGUUCUGGGGACUCAGCACGGUGGUGUGUGGACUUCCUGAAAACUGUGAUGGCUCAAACACCUCACACUUGGGCUAAUCACACCCUUCAGUGUUUUCCACCAGUCAUAGCUGAGUUUUAUCACCAGUGUGCUGCUCCCAGGGAGAAUAUGCACACACUGAAGAAAGCAGUUGAGGAGGAGUAUCGAAAGUGGAAAUCAAUGAGUAAUGAAAAUGACAUCAUAGCUCACUUCUCCCUUCAGCACAACACUUCUCCAUUGUUCCUGUGUCUUCUUUUCAAGAUGGUGCUGGACACAGACAGAGUUCCUAACAUCGCUUACAAGGUCCUGGAGCGUGUGGGUCCUCGCCAGCUUGCAGCACAUGUUCGAACACUGUGUGACUUCUUGGUACUGGAAUUUUCUAACAGUGCUGGAGGUCAGCAUGUUACCAAGUAUGUAGAGACCAUGAACUCCAUCAUAUGGGUGUACAACAUUGUCCCCAUCGAUCGCCUCAUGCUCUGUUUGGCAUUAAGAACUCAAGAAGGAAGUGAAGCCCAUGUUUGCUUCUUCAUCAUUCAGUUGCUGCUGCUAAAGCCUGCUGAACUUCGCAAUCGUGUUCAAGAGUUUGUUAAAGAAAACACCCCAGAUCACUGGAGACAGAACAAUUGGUAUGAGAAGCAUAUGGCUUUUCAUCGUAAGUUUCCAGAAAAGUUCUCCCCGGAAAGCAUCUUGGCAGAACAGGGCACCCUCACUGCCCAGUACCAGACCCUGCCUAUCUACUUCUCCAAUGUUUGCCUCAGAUUCCUACCAGUUUUGGACAUCAUCAUUCACAGGUUCCUGGAGCUCCAUCAGGUACAUAAAAAUUUGGAAACUAUUUUGGAAAGGCUGGGAAUGCUCUACAAGUUUCAUGAUCGCCCAAUCACUUACCUCUACAACACACUUCAUUACUAUGAGAACAAACUUAGAGAGCGUCCUAACUUGAAGCGACGCCUUGUGGUGGCUGUCAUCAUGUCGCAGCAAGAAAUUCGGCCUCAGGGAUGGGCACUCACUGAGGCCUACCGACAGUAUCUAGCACGCCCUCCUGAUGACAUCACCUGGAAUCCAGAACUCUCCUACUACACGGCCCUUGUCAGGCGUUUAGUCAACACUAUGCAAGGCAAGCCAAUAUUUCCAUCAAUUGAGUGGCGCUUCAAUGAGUUUGCCAACAGUGGUGCUCAUGCAUUGCAUGUGAGCUGUGUGGAGUUGAUGGCCCUACCCAGUAACCCUACCAUAGUGGCAAACAUGCUGCUGAAUGUCUUACUCAAAGGCUACUGUGACAUCCCUCCUGGAGAAAUAGAAGAAUGGGUGAAUGCUAUAGGCCUCAUUCUCACCUGGCUCCCAGAGCCAUACUGGAAUGUCAUCCAUGACCGCAUCAUUGAUUUGCUGCAGUCACCCAGUCUUGCAUCAUCUGGGAGCAGCACUCUGAACCCUUUCACUAUGCUGAAUCUGGAGCAGCUGCGCUCAUCCUUUUGUGACAUGAAUGCUGCCCUCACACUGGCACUUGUUCAUUCCUUUUGGCACCAUGCUUCCUUUGGUCAAGUUGGUCGUAUACCCCAAUUAAUGAGGGAAAGGAUAAGGCCAAUACUAACAACUGAGGAGCAGUUAGUGGUGGUAUGUCAUCUGGUGGGGCCUUUCCUUCAGCGCUUCAACAGUGAGCUGGCACGCAAGGUGUUUGAUGUCACCAUUGAACUUUAUGAAGCUGUGGCAAAGGUUGACCGCAGUGUGACAGAGCUGAAGUACAUGGAUCCCAUUUGUGAUGUGCUCUACCACAUCAAGUAUAUGUUUACUGGGGACUCUAUCAAGACGGAUGUAGAAGGCAUCAUUCGGGGUCUGAGGCCAGCACUGCAGAGGCGGCUGCGCUUCAUCACACAUCUGAAUCUUGAUUCUAUUGAGAACAAUGCAAACAACGCCAACAACAGUAACAACCCAGGCACCAACAACAAUGCAUCAGUCAAUAAUAGCAGCAGUAAUAACAGUAGCAUCACCACCACUGCUAGCAACAGCAACAGCAACAGCAGUUCCACUUCAACUCUUACUCCAAAUACAGUGGUGCAGGCUGGUGGAACAGGAGCAGCAGCCCCAGUCCUUGGGCCUUCUGCAACUGGCAUGGGGGCACUGGGUAGCCUUGGGUCUAAUGUUGCCUUGAGUGGUGUGAGUCAAUCAUCUUCUGUGACUGGAGGUGCAACUUCAUCUGGAUUAGGAGUGAGCUCCCUUGGGGCUGCUUCCAGCCUGGCUUCCCUCCUGCAAGACACAUCCCCUGUCAGCACAUCAUAAAAAAAAUUUAGGACUUGAACAACAGUUUUUUUGUUGUCCUCAACAACUGUAUAGCAAUUAUAAUGAGAUAAGUAUAUAAUUGGAUAGUACAAGUACUGUGAGAAGAGGUUCCAAUUUCCAGUUUGUAAAAUACAUGACUACCUUCCAUUAGACAAAGAACUUUUCUUCUAAUUUACUAAUAUUGCUUUUAUAUUUUUAUAGCAACACUAUUAGAUCAAAGUAAGUAAUUAUCCACAGGUUCAGUAGUAAUGGCCUUAAUGAUGAGUGAGGCUCUGAAAAUAAUAAAAUUAUUUAAUGCCUAGUAGAUAUAAGCUUGAUAACUGAAAGUGGAUAAAUAAAUUUGACAAAGAAGCUGUUUCUUACUUCAAACAUGACAUAUGUAAUUUAUAAGUAGUACAGAACAAAAUCAUGUAGAUACAGAAAACUACAAUAAAUAUCAAAAGUAUU